AUACACACAACUUAAUUAGCUUCUUUUGUAGAUAAGAACCACCGAACAAACUUUAAAAAAGAAACUCCCGAGGCAAAAAAGAGUUCACCAAUCACCAUGCCUUUUCUUCUCCCAACCUCUUCCUCCAAAACGACGGCCACCGUCAUCAUCGCCGGCGUUUUAUCUGUUGCGGCGGCGGUUGUUUUCGCAGUCCCUUUCGUUUCGCAUUCCGUGGCGUCUUGCUUUCCGAUCAUCUACGAUAACACAGUCUUCCUCCUCAAGCCACCGUAUCUUUACUUAGUCAUCAACUGUAUCGUCGUCUCCAUCGUCGCUACAUCUAAGCUCACGCAGAAAUCGUAUUCCAGUAUCGAUGGUUCUGAUAUCGACACCGGUUAUUUAAACGUGCCUCACGUCGCCGCUUCUGAUUAUACCGGAUUUGUCGAGGAUGAUGCUCCGACGGCGGAAGGUGGCCAGAGAUUUCCAGAAGUCGUCGAUGAUGAGAAGGUGAUAAUCGAUGAUGGAGAAGAUCAGCAGACAGAGACGGAGACGCCGAAACCGAGCAACGAUUCGCCGGAGUCGGAGACGGAGAAGCUAAAACCGAGCAGCAAUUCGCCGGAGACGAAGAAGCCAAAACCGAAGAGUGAUUCGAUUCUGAAGAAUACGAGGAAACCGCCGAGAUUCGGUCAGCAAAAAUCGCUUAGGAAUAGUCCAGAAGCAGGUGGUGGGGGAAAUAAAAAGUCGGCGUUGGGAGUGUCAAAGCCACCGAGGAGGCAAGACACGCUGGAGACGACGUGGAAGAAGAUAACGGAAGGACGCUCGACGCCGUUAACGAAGCACUUGACGAAAUCCGACACGUGGCAGGAAAGGACGCACGUGCAGAGUUCAAAGGAGAAGAAGAUGACCAAGUCCGAGAACUUAAAUGACAUAAAUGCCCCUGCGGAGGCGGAGGAGGAGGAGGAGACGCUGCGGAAGACGCGGUUGAAACGCGAGCCGUCACCGGGUCAGGAGGAGUUGAAUCGACGUGUGGAAGCGUUUAUCAAGAAGUUCAACGAGGAGAUGAGGUUGCAAAGACUAGAAUCUUUGGCUAAGUAUAAAGAAAUGGUAAAUGGAGGGACUCGUUUGUAAAUUUUCGUGUUUUCUUUUCUCUUUUAGCUGUCAAUGAACACGAGAAAAUGACGGCACCGGCACCGGCACCGGCACAGUCGCAAAAGUUGACUCUUUUUUAGAACCACUUAGAAGUUGUUGAAUUUCCCUUCCAGGGAACACAUUUCAGAAAUAACGCAAAGUAGGAAUAUAAAUAUAAAAAUGGUGUACUUAUGUCCAAAGCCAAAAGAAAAAAGAAAUGAUAAAUGUGUACCACUCAGAAGUGUGAUUAUGAUUGUUUGUGUCAAAAAUCACACUAAUCUUGUGGUUUGAAAUGAAGGGUAGACAGAGGCUACACAAUAGUGAUCGAAUUUUUUGUUUUUGUUUUAAAUAAA